GGCAAAUAGCCCCCUGUCGUACUUUCAAAGUCGACAAGUGUACCUCGGCUAGUACCACACAGCUGUCUUUUUCAGUUAGUACGUGUAACCGGACCUUGGCCAUAAUUCUCCGGCGCUGUAGCCUUGCUCUUGGGAAGGCGUCACAGAGGGGGGGCGCAACGCCUGUUUCGCGAGAGAAACGGAUCUUGCUGAAGUGCGCACAGGCGCCUAGGCAGCAGUUGACCACUGUUGGCUUCUCCGAAGCACAAACCUCUCUGAGCACUGAACCGGGGAAGCAGAAGAUGGCUCGUUUUCUUUGCCGAUUUGCCGCUGUCCGCGUGAAAGAAAUUGCGCAUAUGCCAUUACCAGGCAAGACGAGGCUGUCUUUGGUUCGCCAAAUGUUCACUAAUUCUGGCCUGAGGUCGCUCACACGGUAUGAUGAAACAGUCGUCACAACCGACUGGCAGAAGAAGUUAACCCCGGAGCAGUAUGUGGUGACCAGGGAAAAGGGGACCGAGCUGCCCUUCAGCGGUAUCUACCUGAACCACAGCGAGCCAGGAAUGUACCAUUGUGUGUGCUGCGACACACCUCUGUUCAGUUCAGAAGCGAAGUACGAUUCGGGGACAGGAUGGCCUUCCUUCUACGAGGCCCAGGGCACAAAGGGGAGAGACGAGAGCAACACCGGCAUUCUGCGUCGCCCUGACAACUCGCUGGGGUGCACGGGGACCGAGGUCAUUUGCAGGACGUGUGACGCUCACCUCGGCCACGUGUUUGAAGAUGGACCGGAACCAUCCGGGCAGAGGUUCUGUAUCAACAGCGCGGCCCUGACCUUCAAAGCCAGCUCCAAGUAGUGCUGUUCUGACACAUAUCUCCGAAAGGAAAACCAAUACCAGCAGUUUGGUGCCAAAUGGUGUGAGGAGCAUGAUGUAUUAUUCUUCAGGUGCCGUGACAGACCUACCAAUAAUCAAACGUGUUCGACGUUAGAUGACCAGGUUCACAUUUUUUUUUUACUGGGGUAGUUUCUGAAAUUGUUUACAUUAUGGUCCAGUAUGAUCUGGUGCUUAUCCAAAUUGUGAAGCCAUGUCUUUUAUAGUAUACUCCAAAAGUCAGAAAGAAAAAGGAAUUGUUACAAUUUCAAAUGUAGCCGUUUGAACACAAAAGGUGAGGAAUUAUCAAAAGGGGCAUUCAUUAUUGGUUCUCCUCCCAAAUACUUUGGAAUUAAGCUUUCCUAAAACUUUUUAAAUGUUUUUUUUUUUGCUAUAUAAAGAUUACUAAGAGGCCUGCCUAUGUUUAGACAACCUUUUGUGUGUGCUGACACAAAAUUAUGAAAAAUGGACACCUUUUCUGAGAAAUAAAUCCAAAACUGAGCAAUUAAGAUGAAGUCAUAGACUGGGGGUAACUAUCCAUGGUCCUUGAGAGUCGCAAUCAGUGUGCAAGCGCGAGUGUUUAUCGUGCGUUUUGUGACAGGACAGGCCAGCUGGGGGACUUCAAGUUGUAAACACGGUAAACGCAAAAUUAUUAUUUUUUCUCUCUUUGACCUCUCUCUCAUACAAAUAAACGAAAGCACACCUUUUCAUUUUUAAAUAAUCCCAGAAUGACCUACAGUACACAAACAAACCAGCAGCUUCAGUGGUCAUGACAAAAUUCUUCCUCGAGUCCUGAUAAGUCUCAACAAGUUGACGAUUCAGGGAGACAUGUGGCUCUGCGGGGCCAGGGCUAGCCCUCCCUGCAGUUCACAGACGGUGUGAUUCAGCCAUGUGAUGGAGGCCAACAUGGAUCUGGUAAAGGCUUAUGAGAAAAGAGGCAAAAACACUGGGUUCCUUUUCUUUUCCUUUCAGCAUGGAAUACACCUUUACCUGUUCCUUUGCAGCCUACGCAUGCUGACGCAGCCUCCAAGUUAAACUUCAUUACGUUUUAGGUUAUAUUCUAAGUAGAUAUGGAAUGGCCAGACUUGCAGUCCGUCUGUUUACUGUUGUGUGAGCAGCAUGAGUCAGUUUGGUACUUUUUCUCUUCCCUCUCUGUCACACUUUAAGUGGGAGUAAUUUAUGGAAAUAUGCCUGUAUAAAAUAAUCAUCUACAAUGUGGAUAACUAAAGGUCUAUACUGGAUUAUGUAAACAAAUUAGAAAGAAACAUUAUUUCAAUUUUUGUGAACCUGGCCCUUUGGACCCUUUUGAAGACUGUGAUUGUUUCUAAAGCUGCUGUUCAAUACUGGUCCUCUUCAUGAUAAGGGUGGAGGCAGUUUUGUGGUUUAGUUGCUUGGACCCGGACUGAUUGCGCUAAGUUUUCAAAGGUGACUGUGAGAUUUAGAUUAGCUGCAAUUCCAAUGUUUUGACAUUUGAACAAGAAUCGAGUUUAAAGGUGAAAUUUCUAACACAUGCAAAAUGUGCAUUAAACACACCUAAGGGAAGAAUACACAUAAUUAAUUUUUGUACAGUGUAAUAUUAGUUUACAAUAAAUUAUCACCUGUCCCCUUGUAAACAAACAGUUAAGAUAUCAAAUGACACCAGCUUCCACAUUAUUCAGAGGUAUGAUGAUGUACUGUAUGCAUUGUGUAUAUUGUUGAAAGUUUACUUAUAAUUCAGAAAUACUUCUCCAAGAAUAUUAGACUUAGAACAGAGUAGUAAAAAUAAACUCCUCAUUGGCCUAACAGUGAUAGCCUUGAUUUCUGAAAAUAGAUAAAUGCAGAUUUUACAGAUUAUUUUCAGACUGAAGUCUUUAACUCUGAAAACACAAUUUAAUGAGACAGAGUCACAGCAGCAGAUAUGAAGGUGGGAGAUUAGCAGUUAGGUCUCCCCACCUUGUAGGUAGGAAAACCUUUUUAGCUGUAAAGGCAAAAGUGUUCCCUUCUCUGUUCUUGUUUUUUUAUCCAGAAAUUUAUAUAUUUUUUUGCAAUCGAGGGAAUACCUGAAAUACCCCAAAACAGGCUUUUGCCUUUUGUAAUUUCAAAAAGGGGCAGACUACAGCUUUUGCAACCAGAAAACAGCGGGCUGCAGCUCAUGUUUACUUCUAGUGGAAAAAAACCUGGAUAAAAAACAAAACUCUAAAAAGAACAGAGAGGCGAACACAAGCGGUAGUUCUCUUUUUUUCCAUUCAUGUCUCUGUUAAGGAUGCUGUCAAUGGAUCAGACUGGGUCACAAAAAGUUUGCUGUAGCAGUUUUGGCUGGUCUCUGAUUGUGAGCUUUCUAAAUCCAACUGUUACUCAAUGGGGAGUUUUAGAUGUUGUUGUGCUUAAAUACAACACUUUCUCUUUUAAAGACGGCAAUUUACAGUAGCCAGUAUUAAAGUCUUAAAGUUAAAAAGCCUAACAAGGAGUAUUUCUUUUAAUGUCUGACAACAAAAGUCACCUUUGACAUUUUUAUCGCUUAAGAUAUGAAUGAAAGGAUUGAAAGAACAAUAAUCAAAGUUUUGUGUAAUUUAUAAUUGUGAAGAAUAAUGUCUGUUAAUCUGUUAAAAACAUUUAUCAAACUGUUUUAUCUUUGAAUCAGAAGUCUCAGUGUUACAUGAUUGUUUUUAUCCACCAGUAAAGAAUUUGUUUUUACCAUUUGUUUUCUCAGAUUUUCCAGAGCUCUGUCACAAACUACUGACCACAGCAUAGAUAAAGAUUAAAUUAAACUGCAUAAUACUCCAGCCAAGAUAUACUGUAGCACAGACCUAAUGAUAAAUGAUGUCCAAGAUACUAGUCUGCAAUUUGACAAAAGGAAAGAAAUGUUGCUCUUCUACUGGCCUAAGUUCAAAAGCAGUCAUAAUGAUGAUCCUAAUCAAAGAACAGAACUCUCUGCGAUUAAGUCUUUUUUGUUAUUCAUUUCAUAUUUGGGCGUGAUUGCCUGACUUUCCUUGCUGUCACUGUCUUUGGGUGUUACAGAUAAGAAGAGCCAGCUCGUUUUGUAGCGAGAGUGAACUCUUGUCUAGAGCUCUGGACAAAUCUUAACCAACUAAUUAUGCCCUAGUUGGGCAUCAACACUGCCCACAGUCCAGUGCUGUGGAUACUCAUAAAAUCUACUGUAUUCAUCUACUGUAUAUCAGGAGACUUCUGGUCUUCUAACCAAUUUACUUUAUAAAUAACUGUAUAUAUUUUUAGAGACAAAUUUACACUGGCUGAUACAUUAUGUAAUAACGAUUACUGCAUGUUUUCCUAUUUAUUUCUUAUUCAAACAAUAGAUGUAUUGAUGCAUGCUGUAAUACUGAACUGUAAUCUUAAGGUUUUGUUAGGCAAGUUCAGUAAAUCCGAAACAAUGUCUAAGGUGUUUCUACAAAUUCUGCAGCACAUUUGCAAAUAAGUGUACCUCAAUGAUCCUUUUCAUUAAGAGGUUGUUAUUUUUGGCUUUAUUUCCAUAAUGGAAGACCUUUCCCUGGCUGAUUGAAGACCUGCCUGCUGGUAUAGUUAAUGUGCAAGGGCAAAGUAGGUUUCCCAGGCAGGGAUGUCCACUUUAACAAUUAAACCAUUUUAACAUGCAUGUGAGGCUCUCUUGAAGGCAGCUGUUGGUUACCAAGCAACAGACUGGCAUCGCCUUACUUUUGCUUUGUCGUAGUUGGCUUCAUACAUGCUAUUUCUGGAGAUACUUUUACUUUUUCUCUCAGUCCUGAGCUUUAAUUUCUUGUUAAAACAACCUCUACACGUGGUGAGGAGAGGAGUCGUAGGGUAAUCUGAAAAGAAACAGCAGUGAGCUUUGGCGGCAAGUGUGUUCAAUGCUGUAUCGGUGCCGAAAGCGAACACAGUAUAAAUUAACCUGCCCUUCUGGCUACCGUAGCACAAAUGCAUCCUGAUUAAAAACCCAAGCACACAGCUGUGAGCUCCACUGGAAGCAGUCCUGUGUGCCGGUUCUGUCAUGACAGUUUUAUAUUGGGUGAAGGCCAGCCACAGGAAAGAACUUGAGCAGUUUUAAUUGUAAAAUACACGAAAGAUGACAGAUUUUUUGGGGGGAAAAGGGGAUGAUUUUGCUUAUCCUUCCAAGCAAGGGGCUGGAUAAAGGGCAGAGAAGCCAAGGACAAGCCAGAAGACAGUCAGCUCUCAGAGCCCACUCUGACCUUCCACAGCCUGUUUUUCCAGAAAGCCUGAAAUCAUUCCCUAAGCAGGUCCUCUCUUCAGGGCGACAGAGAAGAAAGAUCGGCAGAGGCUGUCAGUCUGUGACCAUAAUAAAGCUCCAGAUGUCCCUUUAAAAGGUUUUUGAAUUGUGUACUUCACUACUAAAGUAGGAAGAACGCCCAGCAUAAUCUCAUAUACUGCAGUCCUCUACAUAUGCAAAAUGCAAUUCUCUGAAUAAGGAGUACACUGAUUUUCUUUCAUUGGAGAGGUUGUGUGAUAUUUCACCUUAGACAUACUGUACCGGUGCAUCCUUUGUAAUACAGGAUAGUUUGUUUUAGAUGCAAUACAGGUUAUUUACAGGCAUUACUGUGAGUUAGAAAAUGUACCUGCUGCAAUUGCACAGCUACAGUAUGUGAUACAAAAUGAGUCUCUUCUAUUACUUACUUCAACGAUGCUUUUGUAUUGAUCUGAAUGGAUGAAAACAAAUUAAAAUUUCAUCAGAUGUUUUUAAACCCCUCUUAGUGUUGUGGCUUAGCAUUAUGAUCUCAUUAGAAAGACUGCAAAGUUUGAUGCAUUUAAGAACUUUAAACCCCAUUACUUGUCCUCAUCAAAUGGCAAAAACAUGAAGGUAUUCUGAAUAUAAUUUGCAAACAUAAAUAGGGAAAUUAUUUUAUUUUAAAAAUUAAGUGUCCUUUUAUUUUUAGAUACUAAUUCAGCACGUGUCUCACUUAAACAUACUGUAAAAAUAUCAAGCAGGUGAUCUUAAACUUAAUAAACAGUAAUAACAAUGAUAUUAAAGGGUGUUUGGGGAUACCACCUCAAUCUAAUAAUUGCUGAAUUAGAUUGACCUUUUGUUUUUUUUUAGCUCAUAAACCUUCCUAGGUUCCUAGGUACCUGAAAAUGAUUUUACUGCUGAAAUCACCUAAAAAGUUUCAAUUCAAAUUUAAGUUCUGCUAAACAAGAGUGCCAGAGAACAUAAGGUUAAAAAAUUCUCAUCAUUUAGACUUUUGGUUCAAACACAUGGCAGUUAAGAGAUUCAGAGUUUUCCUGUAUUAUCUCUGCUCACAGGUAUAUGAGUAAUGGCACUAGUAGCCAAGGCCCUAAAGAGAAUAUAUGCUGUACAUUGGUCACAUUAAAGCUGAAUUACACACAUACUGUAUUUAGGCUUUUCCCUUUGGUUGUGAGAUGCUGACAGUUUAAAGGCACGAACAAAGCGUGCUUGUUUUCAGCUCUCAGAAAUGAUGGCUGACCACCCCAGCUCUGUCCUCCUCAUCUGAAGUCAGCUGUGUGGGUUGAAGAGCAUGUUGUUUCCAUUUUCAUCUGGACUCUUCUACCACCAUACAACCACAAAUGCAGCAGUCCUGCUCUUUUUCGAUUUUUCUGUUUCUCACCCAGAAAUCUUCCCUGACACUUGACACUAAUUAUAAGGUUCCCUAGAGACUAUAGAUUUAUCCUACACUGGAUGACGGUUCUUUCUUGUGGGUAAGUUUUAAAAAAGAAAGUUAUUCCCAACAUGGUUUCCUGAAGUGUUUAUUCUGUGAAAACAUAAUGGGUUUUCAACACCCACUAGACCUUCAGAACAAUUCUGUGUCUGAAGAAACACCCUGAACUUUGCUUUACUAUGUCUUUUUUGCUUAGCUUUGCAUUACUAUGUCUAAUACUAGGUGACUUUAACCAAUUAAUUUUUUCUCUUGUUACAAACUUAUAAUUCUGAGUUUGUGCCUUUGGUCACAGUCACUCUUUUUUUUCCCCACUGGAAUUAUUUUUCCCAAUAGAAAGAAAACAGGAUGUUACAGUAUCACUCUGAGAAGUCAUGGAAUGUAAAAAGAAAUAAACUGAUAUUCAAACAGAA